AUGCAAAGUGUGUCUGUUCCAAAAUAUAUAAAACUCGCUGAUACUAGUUUUAAUGUACCAGCAAGCAUUGAUAUGUUAAUCGGGACCGAGUUCUUCUGGAAGCUCAUUUGUACGGGUCAGAUCGAACAAUCAAAAAAUCAGUCGAUGCCUUUGCAAAAGACACAUUUUGGAUGGAUCAUUUUUGGUAUCACACUAAGUGACAUAACCGGAUCUGUUUCUUCUCUUAAUUUUCAUUUAACCUCACUCGAUGAUUUAAGGCUCACAUUGAAUCGAUUUUGGGCGGUUGAACAUGAUACCACUCCUAAAUCAUUUUCUCUCGAGGAAAAGGCCUGUGAAGAGUCAUUUCUGCAAGGCGUAAAGCGUAAUUUAGAAAGUCGUUUUAUCGUUAAAUUGCCAACAAAGCAAGACAAACUGGAUGAAUUGGGAGAAUCCAAGGACAUCGCUCUAAAAUCUUUCAAAUCUUUGGAGAAGCGGCUCAUCGCUCAACCCUGUAUGUACGAAUACAGGAAGUUUAUGGAUGAAUACAGGCGCUUGAAUCACAUUAAGGUGACCAGUAGCACGAUGCUAAGCCAUAGCUCUCCAGCUUUCUAUCUUCCACAUCAUGCUGUACAAAAUGAAACGAGCACCACUACCAAGUUCCGGAUAGUAUUUGACGGCUCAUGCAAGACCACGACCGAACUAUCUUUAAACGAUGAUACACAUUGA